ACAUUUGACCCCUGCAAGCAGCUGUGGUGUAGUCACCCAGACAAUCCUUACUUCUGUAAAACAAAGAAAGGACCACCCUUGGAUGGAACAGAGUGUGCUUCAGGCAAGGUUUCGUGACUUCACAGCCGUCACUGUCCGCCUGACCAAUGAGAGCGGGAGAAACAGAUUCCGAACCCAAUUGUAAAGCCGGGUGCUUCUGUGGCUGUAGAACUGCUCUCCUCACUAACACUGGACAGUUAUGAAGAGGCAGGUGUUCAGACCAGCCUAUGGAGGCCGUCAUUGCCCAGGUGCAACCUAUGAAUAUCAGGUUUGCAAUACAGAAGAUUGCCGGGGUCCCUAUGAGGAUUUUCGGGCCCAGCAAUGUUCCAAGCGAAAUUCCUAUUACACCCACCAAAGCUCGAAGCACACUUGGCUUCCUUAUGAACACCACGAUGAUGCCCAGAAAUGCGAGCUGAUUUGCCAGUCUGAGGAGACUGGAGAUGUGGUAUUUAUGAAUCAAGUCGUUCACGAUGGCACCAGGUGCAGCUAUAGAGACCCAUACAGUGUUUGUGUGAGGGGGGAGUGUGUGGUAUGUAAACGAACCUUUAGGUUCAUCCAUUUUUAAUUUUUUUCGAAGCAGAAAGGAGAUGUCUUUCAAGAUGCUGAUAGAACCUAAUUGACUGUUGUAGCCUUUACUUUUUUAAAAUUGACGCUCUGAGAUGUGCUGGAGCUCAUAAGCGCUGGUGCAGAUAUCUGAAUGUGCACACAAGCAGAUUUCUUGUCAUUA